UGAAGAGGAAGAUGAUAAAGAAAAUAACCCACUAGUUAAUAUAUCUCUUCAGAAUCCCAAAAGACGUAAGGCGAAAGGGCACCUAAAAAGUUCUAAACAAAUUAAGCGAUCAGAAGAAUUGAAGCCAGCUAAACGUCAAAAUCA